CUCUCACAACAUCUAUUAUCUGAACUCCCUUUCAUUCUUUAAUUCUUCAUCAUAUUCAAAAUGUUUGCCCCAGGCCAAGAACAGAUCUCCAAGGAAGAGAUUAAGGCUGGCGAGAUCGAGGCCAGCCAGACUGUCCAGAUGGCUCUUGCCGGUGGUUUCCUCCUCUACCUGUCCCCCUUCGCCGUCGACUUCGUCCGCAAGUUCCUUUAAGCCGGUUGACCCGUCUUCCGCUCCUUUUUCUUGCCCUUCCCGGACUGUGAUCGACGAAUCGCUGGUUAUGAUUUCGCGAUGACAUGCAGGAGAACUGGAUAAUUGAUUUUUCCCCCUGGCAUAACUUUUUCUUCCAGCGAAAAUUGGACGAGAUCGAGCAUGGGCACCUAAUCUAAGGAAAACCCUUGAAGCUCAUCUACUAUACCUUUUGGAUCCUGGGUAGUGUCGGUUGGGUGAUGUAUUAUUAUUGUGUAUAUGCAUACGCUUGUUGUCAUUUGCGUUUUGUGAGAUAUGGAGCAAAUCAGAAAUAAGAAAUUGCAAUCUAUCAGAA